AGGUCAUGUUAGGUGGGUUUGUAAAAUACAAAAACAGCUCUUAUUUUUUGUUAUUAGAAGAUAUGUCUCCAGUGAAACAAUGUCUGAAGUGAAACAGACUGCCAGGUAGCAACAUGGCUCUUGGAAAAGCUCAGUUUGGGGUGUCAACAUUUUUUGCUGCAAGUCAUUCCAAUGAUAAAUGUGGAGCAAAUGGGCUGCCGCUAACACCUAACUCCAUAAAAAUAGUUGGGAGAUUUCAACAUCUGAAGACAUUAGAUCAUACACAUAUUUGUAAAUACCUGGACUGUGUUAGAGGCAGGCAUGAAAGACUUAUAUUUGUACAAGAACAUCACACAAAUAAUCUGAAUGUUGCAUGGAAUACAGGAAAAUAUCAAAGUGAGGAAAAACUGAUCAAGCUUGCAUUUGAGAUCCUACAAGGACUAGUGUACCUCAACAAAAAUGGUGUUUGUCAUAGAAAUCUCAAGUUUGAAAAUAUCCUUUUUGAUUCAGAGGAUAAAGUGAAGCUGUCAGACUAUGGCAUGUACUAUAUGAGUAACAGUGGUGCUUACGUCAGUUUUCCUAUAGGUCAGCUGAACUACACCAGUCCAGAAGUAUUAUGCUGUGGACCAGUCCAGACUGAUGAGGAAACAGAGUUAUCUACCUUGCCAACAUCUAGUCCUAAAGUGGAUGUUUGGUCUCUUGGUAUUAUCCUGCUGGAACUUUUAUCAGCAAAGAGAAUAUGGGCAGACACUCCACUGCAAGAGAUCGUUAAAAAUAUUCUCAAGUUCCUGCAGUCAGAUUGUGAUCCAUUUGACUAUGUAGUGAAUGAACUCAAAUGUGAUAAUACAUUAAAGGCUUUUCAUCCAUCAGCAGUUGACUUCCUCAGAAAAUGUCUCAUUGUUGAUCCAAAACACAGACCAUCUCCAUCAGAAUUACUACAUCAUGAAGUAUUCAUCUUACAUAAGUUACAACAGAUGUCUCCACGGAAUGGUUUCCAUUUGUUCACAACAAAGUUGAGAUGUAAAGAUCUGGAACUUCCUACACUUACAGACUCUGAUAAAGACUACAAUCCAGAUCAUCUGUCUGAGAGAAGUAUGGAGGAAGUCUACUAUCUCUGGAGACUGGCUGGUGGAGACCUUGAGGCCGUAUUGAAGAAAGUCGGCAUGAUUAAAGCAAAACCACCAGUCACUAUAUUGCCAAGUUUGACCUUGGACAAUGGAGAGGUUUUAGGUCAAGGUCGAGACCAAAUGGAGUUACUUGAUCAUACAGUUGUUUUGUUGUCUCAGGACCAGUUAAGACAGAGACUUGCAGACAUAGAUGAAAAGGCAUACUAUCCUCUGCUGGAAGAUGACCAAAUGGUGGAAGAGGGCCUGCCUACAUCACCUAGUAAUGUUGACAUAGCUAGUUCAGCUAGUUUACCGCUAAUCAUAAGAGAGAAAGAUAUAGAACAUCAGUUUCACAGAGUGAUACUGUAUGAACGCCUAAUCAAAGGUUAUCCUUACAAGAAAGCUCAUAUAUGGAAGGAGGCUAGAGUAGAUAUACCACCUUUAUUCAGAAAUCUAGUUUGGGCUGCUCUCCUUGAAGUGGAGGGUGAUAUACAAGCAGAGUAUGAUGCAAUAGACAAAGAAACUCCUACAGGGACCGACAGACAGAUAGCAGUAGAUAUACCCAGAUGCCAUCAGUACCACGAGUUGUUGGCUUCACCAACAGCACAUGCCAAGUUCAAGCGGGUCUUGAAGGCAUGGGUGGUCAGUCAUCCAGAGUAUGUGUAUUGGCAAGGCUUGGACUCACUCUGCGCUCCAUUCCUGGCCCUUAAUUUUAACAAUGAAGCAUUAGCAUAUGCUUGUAUCAAAGCAUUUAUUCCAAAGUAUCUACACAAGUUUUUCCUAAAGGACAACUCACCUGUUAUACAAGAAUACCUAGCUGUGUUUAGUCAUCUUAUAGCAUUUCAUGAACCAGAGUUGAGUAAUCACAUGGAAGGUAUUGGAUUUAUACCAGAUCUCUACGCCAUUCCAUGGUUUCUUACAAUGUUUGCACAUGUCUUUCCCUUAAACAAGAUAGUACAUUUGUGGGAUACAUUGUUGCUAGGCAACUCCUCAUUUCCACUCUGCAUUGGGGUAGCCAUUUUGAAACAGUUCCAUGAUCGUCUGCUUUCCUAUGGGUUCAAUGAGUGUAUCUUACUGUUUUCUGAUAUGCCUGUGAUAGAUCUACAACAAUGUGUGAAGGAUUCCAUACAGAUUUUCUGUAACACACCUAAGAGUGCCACAUAUCGACAACAUGCACGACAAACAAAGAAGAAGCCAGAGACACGUCCUAAUGUUUCAUAUUACUCCAGAGACUAUAAUGAACAACCUACAAAUGACUUGUCAAUGGAACCUCUUACACUUGAUGAAUUAAAAUCUGAGAAGUGUCCCCGUAUAUCCGCUGAAGACUUGAUGGAGCUGGGCGAGUUUUCGGGUAACGGCAAUUCCCGCAGUCCAACAAAGAAAAAGCCAAACACAAAACCUCUGCUACUUGUGAUAGAUGUUAGAAGCCCAGAUGAAUACAAAAGGGGGACAGUACCAGGAAGUUUAAACAUUCCAUUUCAAACAGCGUUCUCACCAGAGGGUGAUCUUGUGGCAUGUCCAGCAGUUACGACCUUGAAACAAAGCAAGUCACAGGUCAAGGUCGUAUUUGGAAGUAGAGGGAGAAAUGCAUCUAAUUUUGCCAAUGAGUUGAUGAGAUUAGGCUACAUACGAGUGUGCACGUUGCAUAAAGGCAUAGACGUGUUAAGACAGACAGGAAUCCUGACUGUACCACCAGCAGAUAUAUAGAAGGAAAGGCUAAAACAGUACCAGGAAUCAAUGGUUUAUGUUAUAGAAAAAGUUAAAUUUAGAUCAAAUCAAAAAAGUAGAUUUUUAUGCUAGUUUUAUUAAAAUCAAUACAAAUUAUGGCCCUAAAUAUUUUUGACAUAGGAAUUCUGGUUUAAGUUUUGCAUGCAAGCUGUUAUCAUUGCUGUUAUGAAAUUUUAAUUUGUUAUAAAUUCUGAUAAGAUAGUUCCAUUACAUAAGUCUUGCCAAGUUAUGGCUCUUGUUUGACUUAGAAGCUGCCAAAAAGUUUAGUGUGCUGUCUUUAGAAUGGCUCUUGGUAAAUCUUCAUCAUAAACUAGAGCUGCAGGGGAUAUCAAUUUACUAAAUUUGUUUGUUAUUUAUGGAAGCGAUGUGCUGUAGGUACAUACAGAAUAAGGAGAACACUACUGCAGUUUCAAUUUGGAUACAAGAAAACAAAAUUUCUAUUUUUGAAAAUUUAGGGUGUAUUGUGAUUAAAGAUUACCAUUAAAAUCUCUUAAUAUAUAUUCAACUUUUGAGACUAUCACAGGUUUUUAAAUUUGUCUUGUGAAAAUGAAAAAUGUAAAUUACUGUUUUUAAAAACAGCUAUAACUCUAUGUGCAUUUAAUAUGUGAACAUUUGUAAUAUUAGUUUUGAAGAUGAUAUUGUUAAGAAUGCUAAAGAUAAAACAAUUGAUUUGUAUAUACAGCUAUUGUUAUAGAUACAGUACACUAAAGCCUUGAUUUGCAUAAAUACAGUUUGUUGUUGUAUAGAAAGUAUACUAAAACUGUACAUAUCAAAUACAGGCAGUUGUUACAGGUGCAACACACUAAAUUCUUGAUUUGUGCAUACAUGAAGGCUAUUGAGAUUGGUACAGAGCACUAAAACCUUGAUUUGUGUAUAAAUAAAGGCUAUUGAUACAGGUACAGAGCACUUAAACCUCGAUUUGUGCAUACAUAAAGGCUAUUGAUUUAGGUACAGCACACUACAACCUUGAUUUGUGCAUACAUAAAGGCUGUUGUUAAUAGUUGCUGUACACUAAAACCUUGAUUUGUGCAUAAGCACAGGCUGAUGUUGUAGAGAAAGUACACCAAAACUAUAACUUGUACAUAUCAGAUACAGGUAAUUGUUGUAGAUGCUGUACAUUAAAACCUUGAUUUGUGCAUAAAUACAGACUAUUGUUACAGAUGAGGUACACUAAAAACCUUGAUUUGAACAUAUCAGAUACAGGCUAUUAUUAUAGAUACAGUACAUUAUGACUUUGAUUUGAGUAUAAAUUCAGGCUGUUGUAAUAAGAUAUGAUACAUUACAUAGAUAGGUAUGUACCAAAUGUGCUAAAGCAGUAACUGGUUUUAGUUCUGUUUAUCUGGUUCCCUAUUCUGUGAAACAUUGCAACUUUCCUAUAAAAGCUGCGUUAGUUUACAUGCAAAUUUGACCUCUGUUGUUAUGUAUAUCAAAAUGUGUAGCUUCAGUGGCACUGUGCAAUAAAUUGAAAUUUAUAUUGUA